AUGGCACACGUUCAUAUUAAAGAUAUUAUGGCUGAAUGUGGUGAUACUGGUAUUAAAGUUGAAUUAGAAUUUAACGAACCUUUUAAUGGAGUUGUUUAUAGUAAAGGUUAUUUUAACGAUCCGAAAUGCACGUAUGUCACUUCAGGAAGUGGUCGAAAUAGAUUCGAUUUUGUGAUUCCUCUAAAAGGAUGUGGUUCCGGGCCGUCUAAAUGCAGCAGAGGUAAUUGUGGAUUUACUGAUAAUGUAAUCAUUAUACAAAGUGAUGAUGUCAUUCAGGAAGUUUGGGACGUAGCAAGAAAAAUAUCAUGUCCUUCAGGAACAUUUAAUGAAAAAUCAAUUGCCUUCAAACCGUUUACUGUUGAUAUGCUGGAAGUAGUGUCUGUACCUGUAAAAACGGGUAGGGCAAAUAUUGAUUGUUGGAUGGAUAUUCAAAGAGGAGUUUAUCCGAACACUUCUCCUAUCAAAGAAAUAAUUAAAAUUGGAGAACCUUUAACAAUAUUAAUAUACAUUAAAGACGACAAAAAUCAAUACAAUGUAAAAGUGAGAGACUGUUGGGCUUAUGAUGAUGAAGCCUAUGAUUCACCAAGAACCACAAAACUUCAACUAACAGACGGAAAUGGAUGCCCGACUAAGCCUAAAUUAAUUGGAAGCUGGAAAGAAUCGAGAGAAACAGGAAACUCAGGAGCAACAUCAAUCACAUACAAUGAAAUUAAAGCUUUUAGGUUUCCUGACAAAGAUCAAAUAUAUUUAACAUGUAAUGUAGAAAUAUGUACCGGACAAUGCCAAAAUGAAUGCAGCACACAAAUAACAGAUAAGACGUGCUUCCCAGGAUCAACAGAUCCAAAAUGUCAGAAACAACCACGACCAACUCAACCACCAGCACCCCAAUGUUUCCCAGGUUCCACUGAUCCAAGAUGUCCGAAACAACCGAGACCUACUCAACCGCCUGCACCCCAAUGUUUCCCAGGUUCCACUGAUCCAAGAUGUCCGAAACAACCGAGACCUACUCAACCGCCUGCACCGCAAUGUUUUCCAGGUUCAACAGAUCCUAGAUGUCCUUCACAACCGAGACCAACUCAACCGCCUGCACCGCAAUGUUUCCCAGGUUCCACUGAUCCAAGAUGCCCUUCACAACCGAGACCAACUCAACCACCUGCACCACAUACGAAAGGACCAGAAUAUUUACCUCCGGCAACUACAAAACCACAAUGUUAUGCAGGAUCAACUGAUCCACGUUGUCCACAAACAACGACUCGUCCAUUUCCAAUAGUUACUGUUAAACCUGUAACUCCUACUCGACCUCCAGCACCGCAAUGUUUUCCAGGAUCAACUGAUCCACGAUGUCCUUCACAACCAAAACCAACUCAACCACCUGCACCGCAAUGUUUCCCAGGAUCAACUGAUCCAAGAUGCCCUUCACAACCGAGACCAACUCAGCCACCUGCACCGCAAUGUUAUUCAGGAUCAACAGAUCCAAGAUGUCCCAAACAACCGAGACCAACUCAACCACCUGCACCGCAGUGUUUCCCAGGUUCCACUGAUCCAAGAUGCCCUUCACAACCGAGACCAACUCAACCACCUGCACCGCAAUGUUUCCCAGGAUCAACUGAUCCACGAUGUCCGAAACAACCAAGACCAACUCAACCACCUGCACCGCAAUGUUUCCCAGGAUCUACAGAUCCAAGAUGUCCAAAAAUCGGUAGUACGAAAGGACCAGAAUAUUUACCUCCGGCAACUACAAAACCACAAUGUUAUCCAGGAUCAACUGAUCCACGUUGUCCACAAACAACGACUCGUCCAUUUCCAAUAGUUACUGUUAAACCUGUAACUCCUACUCGACCUCCACCACCGCAAUGUUUUCAAGGAUCAACAGAUCCAAGAUGUCCUUCACAACCGAGACCAACUCAACCACCUGCACCGCAAUGUUUCCCAGGAUCAACAGAUCCAAGAUGCCCUUCACAACCGAGACCAACUCAACCACCUGCACCGCAGUGUUUCCCUGGUUCCACUGAUCCAAGAUGUCCGAAACAACCAAGACCAACUCAACCACCUGCACCGCAAUGUUUCCCAGGAUCAACUGAUCCAAGAUGCCCUUCACAACCGAGACCAACUCAACCACCUGCACCGCAAUGUUUCCCAGGAUCAACUGAUACACGAUGUCCGAAACAACCAAGACCAACUCAACCACCUGCACCGCAAUGUUUCCCAGGUUCCACUGAUCCAAGAUGCCCUUCACAACCGAGACCAACUCAACCACCUGCACCGCAAUGUUUCCCAGGAUCAACAGAUCCAAGAUGUCCCAAACAACCGAGACCAACUCAACCACCUGCACCACAGUGUUUCCCAGGAUCAACAGAUCCAAGAUGCCCUUCACAACCGAGACCAACUCAACCACCUGCACCGCAGUGUUUCCCUGGUUCCACUGAUCCACGAUGUCCGAAACAACCGAGACCAACUCAACCACCUGCACCGCAAUGUUUCACAGGAUCUACAGAUCCAAGAUGUCCAAAAAUCGGUAGUACGAAAGGACCAGAAUAUUUACCUCCAGCAACUACAAAACCACAAUGUUAUCCAGGAUCAACUGAUCCACGUUGUCCACAAACAACUACUCGUCCAUUUCCAAUAGUUACUGUUAAACCUGUCACUCCUACUCGACCUCCAGCACCGCAAUGUUUUCCAGGUUCAACAGAUCCUAGAUGUCCGAAACAACCGAGACCAACUCAACCGCCUGCACCGCAAUGUUUCCCAGGUUCCACUGAUCCAAGAUGCCCUUCACAACCAAAACCAACUCAACCACCUGCACCGCAAUGUUUCCCAGGAUCAACAGAUCCUAGAUGUCCGAAACAACCGAGACCUACUCAACCGCCUGCACCGCAAUGUUUCCCAGGUUCCACUGAUCCCAGAUGCCCUUCACAACCAAAACCAACUCAACCGCCUGCACCGCAAUGUUUCCCAGGAUCAACAGAUCCUAGAUGUCCGAAACAACCGAGACCUACUCAACCGCCUGCACCGCAAUGUUUCCCAGGUUCCACUGAUCCAAGAUGCCCUUUACAACCGAGACCAACUCAACCACCUGCACCACAGUGUUUCCCAGGAUCAACUGAUCCAAGAUGCCCUAAAAUAGGCAGUACGAAAGGACCAGAAUAUUUACCUCCAGCAACUACAAAACCACAAUGUUAUCCAGGAUCAACUGAUCCACGUUGUCCACAAACAACUACUCGUCCAUUUCCAAUAGUUACUGUUAAACCUGUCACUCCUACUCGACCUCCAGCACCGCAAUGUUUCCCAGGAUCAACUGAUCCUAGAUGUCCGAAACAACCGAGACCUACUCAACCGCCUGCACCGCAAUGUUUCCCAGGAUCAACUGAUCCAAGAUGCCCUUCACAACCAAAACCAACUCAACCACCUGCACCGCAAUGUUAUUCAGGAUCAACAGAUCCAAGAUGUCCCAAACAACCGAGACCAACUCAACCACCUGCACCGCAAUGUUUCCCAGGUUCCACUGAUCCAAGAUGUCCGAAACAACCAAGACCAACUCAACCACCUGCACCGCAAUGUUUCCCAGGAUCAACUGAUCCACGAUGUCCGAAACAACCAAGACCAACUCAACCACCAGCACCGCAAUGUUUCCCAGGAUCUACAGAUCCAAGAUGUCCAAAAAUCGGUAGUACGAAAGGACCAGAAUAUUUACCUCCGGCAACUACAAAACCACAAUGUUAUCCAGGAUCAACUGAUCCACGUUGUCCACAAACAACGACUCGUCCAUUUCCAAUAGUUACUGUUAAACCUGUAACUCCUACUCGACCUCCAGCACCGCAAUGUUUCCCUGGUUCCACUGAUCCAAGAUGUCCGAAACAACCAAGACCAACUCAACCACCUGCACCGCAAUGUUUCCCAGGAUCAACUGAUCCAAGAUGCCCUUCACAACCGAGACCAACUCAACCACCUGCACCGCAGUGUUUCCCAGGUUCCACUGAUCCAAGAUGCCCUUCACAACCGAGACCAACUCAACCACCUGCACCACAGUGUUUCCCAGGAUCCACAGAUCCAAGAUGCCCUUCACAACCGAGACCAACUCAACCGCCUGCACCACAGUGUUUCCCAGGAUCAACAGAUCCAAGAUGUCCGAAACAACCGAGACCUACUCAACCGCCUGCACCGCAAUGUUUCCCAGGUUCCACUGAUCCAAGAUGCCCUUCACAACCAAAACCAACUCAACCGCCUGCACCACAGUGUUUCCCAGGAUCAACAGAUCCAAGAUGUCCGAAACAACCGAGACCAACUCAACCACCUGCACCGCAAUGUUUCCCAGGAUCAACUGAUCCAAGAUGCCCUUCACAACCGAGACCAACUCAACCACCUGCACCACAGUGUUUCCCAGGAUCAACAGAUCCAAGAUGUCCGAAACAACCAAGACCAACUCAACCACCAGCACCGCAAUGUUUCCCAGGAUCCACAGAUCCAAGAUGUCCUAAAAUAGGCAGUACGAAAGGACCAGAAUAUUUACCUCCGGCAACUACAAAACCACAAUGUUAUCCAGGAUCAACUGAUCCACGUUGUCCACAAACAACGACUCGUCCAUUUCCAAUAGUUACUGUUAAACCUGUAACUCCUACUCGACCUCCAGCACCGCAAUGUUUUCCAGGAUCAACAGAUCCAAGAUGUCCUUCACAACCAAAACCAACUCAACCACCUGCACCGCAAUGUUUCCCAGGAUCAACUGAUCCACGAUGUCCGAAACAACCAAGACCAACUCAACCACCUGCACCGCAAUGUUUCCCAGGAUCAACUGAUCCAAGAUGCCCUUCACAACCGAGACCAACUCAACCACCUGCACCGCAGUGUUUCCCUGGUUCCACUGAUCCACGAUGUCCGAAACAACCGAGACCAACUCAACCACCUGCACCGCAGUGUUUCCCUGGUUCCACUGAUCCACGAUGUCCGAAACAACCGAGACCAACUCAACCACCAGCACCGCAAUGUUUCCCAGGAUCAACAGAUCCAAGAUGUCCUAAAAUAGGCAGUACGAAAGGACCAGAAUAUUUACCUCCGGCAACUACAAAACCACAAUGUUAUCCAGGAUCAACUGAUCCACGUUGUCCACAAACAACGACUCGUCCAUUUCCAAUAGUUACUGUUAAACCUGUAACUCCUACUCGACCUCCAGCACCGCAAUGUUUUCCAGGAUCAACUGAUCCACGAUGUCCUUCACAACCAAAACCAACUCAACCACCUGCACCGCAAUGUUAUCCAGGAUCAACUGAUCCACGAUGUCCAAAACAACCAAGACCAACUCAACCACCAGCACCGCAAUGUUUCCCAGGUUCCACUGAUCCAAGAUGUCCGAAACAACCAAGACCAACUCAACCACCUGCACCGCAAUGUUUCCCAGGAUCUGCAGAUCCAAGAUGUCCAAAAAUCGGUAGUACGAAAGGACCAGAAUAUUUACCUCCGGCAACUACAAAACCACAAUGUUAUCCGGGAUCAACUGAUCCACGUUGUCCACAAACAACGACUCGUCCAUUUCCAAUAGUUACUGUUAAACCCGUAACUCCUACUCGACCUCCAGCACCGCAAUGUUUCCCAGGAUCAACUGAUCCAAGAUGCCCUUCACAACCGAGACCAACUCAACCACCUGCACCGCAGUGUUUCCCAGGAUCAACAGAUCCUAGAUGUCCGAAACAACCGAGACCUACUCAACCGCCUGCACCGCAAUGUUUCCCAGGUUCCACUGAUCCCAGAUGCCCUUCACAACCAAAACCAACUCAACCGCCUGCACCGCAAUGUUUCCCAGGUUCAACAGAUCCAAGAUGUCCGAAACAACCGAGACCAACUCAACCACCUGCACCACAGUGUUUCCCAGGUUCCACUGAUCCAAGAUGCCCUAAAAUAGGCAGUACGAAAGGACCAGAAUAUUUACCUCCAGCAACUACAAAACCACAAUGUUAUCCAGGAUCAACUGAUCCACGUUGUCCACAAACAACUACUCGUCCAUUUCCAAUAGUUACUGUUAAACCUGUCACUCCUACUCGACCUCCGGCACCGCAAUGUUUUCCAGGAUCAACUGAUCCAAGAUGCCCUUCACAACCAAGACCAACUCAACCACCUGCACCGCAAUGUUUCCCAGGAUCAACAGAUCCAAGAUGUCCGAAACAACCGAGACCAACUCAACCACCUGCACCGCAGUGUUUCCCAGGUUCCACUGAUCCAAGAUGCCCUUCACAACCGAGACCAACUCAACCACCUGCACCGCAAUGUUUCCCAGGAUCAACUGAUCCACGAUGUCCGAAACAACCAAGACCAACUCAACCACCUGCACCGCAAUGUUAUCCAGGAUCAACUGAUCCAAGAUGUCCGAAACAACCGAGACCAACUCAACCACCAGCACCGCAAUGUUUCCCAGGAUCUACAGAUCCAAGAUGUCCAAAAAUCGGUAGUACGAAAGGACCAGAAUAUUUACCUCCGGCAACUACAAAACCACAAUGUUAUCCAGGAUCAACUGAUCCACGUUGUCCACAAACAACGACUCGUCCAUUUCCAAUAGUUACUGUUAAACCUGUAACUCCUACUCGACCUCCAGCACCGCAAUGUUUCCCUGGUUCCACUGAUCCAAGAUGCCCUUCACAACCGAGACCAACUCAACCACCUGCACCACAGUGUUACCCAGGAUCAACAGAUCCAAGAUGUCCCAAACAACCGAGACCAACUCAACCACCUGCACCACAGUGUUUCCCAGGAUCAACAGAUCCAAGAUGCCCUUCACAACCGAGACCAACUCAACCACCUGCACCGCAGUGUUUCCCUGGUUCCACUGAUCCACGAUGUCCGAAACAACCGAGACCAACUCAACCACCUGCACCGCAAUGUUUCACAGGAUCUACAGAUCCAAGAUGUCCAAAAAUCGGCAGUACGAAAGGACCAGAAUAUUUACCUCCAGCAACUACUAAACCACAAUGUUAUCCAGGAUCAACUGAUCCACGUUGUCCACAAACAACUACUCGUCCAUUUCCAAUAGUUACUGUUAAACCUGUCACUCCUACUCGACCUCCAGCACCGCAAUGUUUCCCAGGAUCAACUGAUCCUAGAUGUCCGAAACAACCAAGACCUACUCAACCGCCUGCACCGCAAUGUUUCCCAGGAUCAACAGAUGCUAGAUGUCCGAAACAACCGAGACCUACUCAACCGCCUGCACCGCAAUGUUUCCCAGGUUCCACUGAUCCAAGAUGUCCGAAACAACCGAGACCUACUCAACCACCUGCACCACAGUGUUUCCCAGGAUCAACAGAUCCAAGAUGUCCUAAAAUAGGCAGUACGAAAGGACCAGAAUAUUUACCUCCGGCAACUACAAAACCACAAUGUUAUCCAGGAUCAACUGAUCCACGUUGUCCACAAACAACGACUCGUCCAUUUCCAAUAGUUACUGUUAAACCUGUAACUCCUACUCGACCUCCAGCACCGCAAUGUUUUCAAGGAUCUACUGAUCCACGAUGUCCUUCACAACCUAGACCAACUCAACCACCUGCACCACAGUGUUUCCCAGGAUCAACUGAUCCAAGAUGCCCUUCACAACCGAGACCAACUCAACCACCUGCACCGCAAUGUUUCCCAGGAUCAACAGAUCCUAGAUGUCCGAAACAACCGAGACCAACUCAACCACCUGCACCACAGUGUUUCCCAGGAUCAACAGAUCCUAGAUGUCCUUCACAACCAAGACCAACUCAACCACCUGCACCGCAAUGUUUCCCAGGAUCAACUGAUCCUAGAUGUCCGAAACAACCGAGACCUACUCAACCGCCUGCACCGCAAUGUUUCCCAGGAUCAACAGAUCCUAGAUGUCCGAAACAACCGAGACCUACUCAACCGCCUGCACCGCAAUGUUUCCCAGGUUCCACUGAUCCAAGAUGCCCUUUACAACCGAGACCAACUCAACCACCUGCACCACAGUGUUUCCCAGGUUCCACUGAUCCAAGAUGCCCUAAAAUAGGCAGUACGAAAGGACCAGAAUAUUUACCUCCAGCAACUACAAAACCACAAUGUUAUCCAGGAUCAACUGAUCCACGUUGUCCACAAACAACUACUCGUCCAUUUCCAAUAGUUACUGUUAAACCUGUCACUCCUACUCGACCUCCAGCACCGCAAUGUUUCCCAGGAUCAACUGAUCCUAGAUGUCCGAAACAACCAAGACCUACUCAACCGCCUGCACCGCAAUGUUUCCCAGGAUCAACAGAUGCUAGAUGUCCGAAACAACCGAGACCUACUCAACCGCCUGCACCGCAAUGUUUCCCAGGUUCCACUGAUCCAAGAUGUCCGAAACAACCGAGACCUACUCAACCACCUGCACCACAGUGUUUCCCAGGAUCUACAGAUCCAAGAUGCCCUAAAAUAGGCAGUACGAAAGGACCAGAAUAUUUACCUCCAGCAACUACAAAACCACAAUGUUAUCCAGGAUCAACUGAUCCACGUUGUCCACAAACAACUACUCGUCCAUUUCCAAUAGUUACUGUUAAACCUGUCACUCCUACUCGACCUCCAGCACCGCAAUGUUUCCCAGGAUCAACUGAUCCAAGAUGUCCGAAACAACCGAGACCUACUCAACCGCCUGCACCGCAAUGUUUCCCAGGAUCAACAGAUCCUAGAUGUCCUUCACAACCAAGACCAACUCAACCACCUGCACCGCAAUGUUUCCCAGGAUCAACAGAUCCUAGAUGUCCGAAACAACCGAGACCAACUCAACCACCUGCACCACAGUGUUUCCCAGGAUCAACAGAUCCUAGAUGUCCUUCACAACCAAGACCAACUCAACCACCUGCACCGCAAUGUUUCCCAGGAUCAACUGAUCCUAGAUGUCCGAAACAACCGAGACCUACUCAACCGCCUGCACCGCAAUGUUUCCCAGGUUCCACUGAUCCAAGAUGCCCUUCACAACCGAGACCAACUCAACCACCUGCACCACAGUGUUUCCCAGGAUCAACAGAUCCAAGAUGUCCGAAACAACCGAGACCUACUCAACCACCUGCACCGCAAUGUUUUCCAGGUUCAACAGAUCCAAGAUGUCCAAAUAAAUGUUUUCCCGGUUCUGUAGACCCUGAUUGUCCUAAUCCUCCAGUUUUUCAGGGUCCGGAAUAUUUACCACCUUUACCAUCAAAGAACUCUAAUUCAGGUGGGGGGUGUAAUUCAAAAUCAGGAUGCAUUGGAGAGUCAUCUGUUGUGUCCUCUGUUGGAGUGAAACCAAAUUGUUUACCAGGUUCAACCGAUCCGAACUGUUCAGGAGAUGUUUCUAAAAAUAAUGGUAAUAAUAUAAAUUAUGAUAAAGAUGUAUCCGAAACGCACUCCGGUGAUUCUAGAUAUCACAGUUUUCACUCCUGGCUUUAUGACACACCGAAAUCGUCCGGUCGUAGAAAGUACACUGGUCAAAGACCGAAUACAUACGGACGAAGAAAACGUAAUAUCGAUUUUCCAUCGGACGUGUCAACCUUGACUGAUGGCAAAGAUUACCACCACGAAGACGCCAGGAUAACGACUUUAGGUAGCCAACAGUUUGUUUUUACUGUUUUAGGUGUUGCCAUUUGUUUAAUAACUAUAUCAGCUAUUGUUUAUAAAAAGAAAGAUGUUUUAUUUAAAAAAAAAUCAAUUCAAAAUAAUGUAAUUAGUUCUAUCGUGUAA